CUUCUUUUCUAGCUGCUCUAUCUUUUCCUCGGAACUGCGAUCAGGCAGAAGGACCUCCACAGUGUAGCCAAUCUUCUUGGCAUGAAUAAAGCUGUAUGUGUUAUCAAAGCGAAGAACGUCUAGAAGGUAAAAAGAACAGAGCUUGAACACACUGCGAGCAGAUGUAGAACAGUCAUAAAAGCAAGCCGUGUUCUUAUUGAAGAUGAAGCAAUAAAUAUAGAGGAAGUAAGGAUCUCUUUUCUUUUUUGAACUAUUUGAGUUUGUACAUUCAUUAUUCGAGAGCCAAGCCAGGACACAGACAUGAAACGGCGGGAUCCUCCAAAUAAAAGGGCCACUGGAAUCCCAUUACAUGGCAGAGGCUCGGAAACAAAAUCUAGAGAUGGUACGACAAAACAUUUCUCAAAAAAUAAGAAAAGAUCUUCAUCUUGGUGGCUUACCUGUUUGAAAGUCUUUGGGUUGAGUCUUCUUGUGGUCUAUGUUACCGUCCCAUUCAUCAUUAGGCUGUUCCCAGUAUUGCUCGCCAAGGUAGUUUAUUUAAACAUGGUGAAGAUGCCAUUUUUUGUUGAUACAAGGCAGCCCGGAGAGAUCCUGAAUCACACCACCAGUUUCUACCUCGCACCCGAAGAAGGGAUCACGGUGGGUGUCUGGCAUACUGUGCCCACCAGCAGGGGAGAAGAGGCAAAAGGCAAGGAACAGAGCUGGUAUGAAGCUGCUCUGUCAGAUGAGAACCCGGUCAUAAUCUAUCUCCACGGAACUGGGGGGACCAGGGCUUUAGACUUCCGAGUGCAACUUAUAAAGGUUCUCAGUGCUUCCGGCUUUCAUGUCUUGGCUAUUGACUAUAGAGGUUUUGCCGAUUCCACCGGAGAACCGAGUGAGGAGGGUGUGACGGAGGACUCUGUGUAUUUAUACCAAUGGGUGAAAGCUCGGAGCCGCGGGAGCCCUGUCUGUUUGUGGGGGCAUUCCCUGGGCACCGGAAUAGCAACGAAUGCAGCCAGAAUUCUCCAAGAAAGGGGGAACUCACCGGAUGCGGUUAUUCUAGAAGCGCCAUUUACCAACAUACGGGAAGCAGGUGCUUAUCAUCCUUUUGUAAAAAUUUACCACAUAUUCCCCGGGUAUGAAUAUUUCCUUCUGGAUACAUUUGCUUUGAGCAAUAAUGUAUUUCCCAACGAUGAAAAUGUUAAAGUUCUAUCCAGUCCUCUUUUAAUAUUGCACGCAGAAGAUGAUCAAGUUGUACCGUCAUCACUGGCCAAAAAGCUCCAUAAAACAGCCCUGAUUGCUCCUCAUUCCCGCGAGGUUAUGCUGGUUUUAUUCCAUGCGGAUCUUGGCUACAAACACAAUUUUAUCUAUAAAGAACCCAAACUGCCAGGCAUAAUAUGGAAUUUCUUGAACUCCAUAUGAUCCGUGGCAUCUAUACCUGGAAAUAUACUGACCUGCAUGUGUGCACAUUUCUCAAUAAAUACUAAUUUUGUUUA